UGGUCAGUUGAUGUCUAGUCCAUCUCGAAGUAUGGAUACGUGGAGGGUUAACACUACGAAUGUUGUCUGGACUUCUGAGGAACCGUUCAAAACGUACAGGAAUUACUAUGAAAGGCAGAUUAUAGCAUCUAUGACCAUCUUAAUAUCCAUUCUGGGGAUUAUUGGUAACACCCUGGUCAUCACAGCCGUGCCAUUGUCCAAGAAACUUCGCACGGUAACCAACGUGUUUGUGCUGAACCUAAGCGUCAGUGACUUGCUCAGUUGCCUCUUUCUACCCUGGGACGCUGUGGCGGUGUUAAGCGAGGAUGGCUGGCCACUCCAACAAGCUAAUUGGCUUUGCUCUAUGACAGCAUUCGUCUUGAUUACUGGCAACAAUUGUACCGUCAACACUCUAGCACUCAUAGCUAUUAACAGGUGGAUUGGUAUCACUAAAACUCAUGCCACAACACGCCGCAUCUAUACCCGUCGUAACAUCGCCUGUAUGCUCGUUGUGGCCUGGUUUUUCCCGCUGUGCUCCGCUUUGGUCCCUGUUUUUACUGACUUUGGUGAGUUCGGUUACGAACCCCGCUACAGCUCCUGCCUGUGGGUAAGGGACAACCCAUACACGCAUCUCUACGGCCUUAUUCUUGGCGUCUGUUUUUUCCCUAUUCAGCUCAUCAUUAUCACACUUUGCUACGCUGCAAUUUACCGUUACGUGAUCAAGACUUCACGUCGCACAGUCGGCCGUGAUGUCACUACUGUAUCUGGCACUGUCAACGGUAUUGGAAGUGGUAUACGAAAACAGCUCUGGCAGAGAAAAGUUGCAGUUACCAAGAACUUGGCCUACGUGGUUUUAGCCUACAUCAUUCUACGUACGCCUUCAGUUGUGGCCCUUAUCCCCUUGGGGUUUGAUUGGAGCAUCCGCAUGACGCCAUACGCGGCCAAAAUCACGUUCUUUGGCUGCUGCAUCAACCCAAUGAUAUAUGCGACGUCUCACCCGGACUUCAAGGAAGCAUUGUCUUUCAUGUGUCGUGGAUGCAGAUAGACAAUGUUCUUGUUGACCAAACUAAGAGUUCUCACCAUCAAAAUGACUCAGAAACUUGAGAUCACGGCCCGAAAAUCUAGCCCGUCGAUCGGAAAUUAUUCAUCUGGUACAAGCACUUGAAGGUACUAUUUGUACCAUGAUUGAUUAAGACG